CAUGCGAGGAAUCGGCCUGCACCCCGCGGCUCCCGGCCCCGCCCCUCGUUGUCCUUGAAGGCGCGGUCACAGCCUGGAUCCCAGCGGGCGGUACCGGAGUCAGGAGGCCCCGGACUGGUGGAGCCCCGGAGGUGGAGUGAGAGUGCCGCGCUGGGCUGGUCCUGGGUGCCGGUGUGGUGAGGAACGCAGCGCCCACGGAGGCAGCCAUGGGGCUGCUGUCCGGGGACAUGCUGGGGCCCCUGGCCGUGGCCGUGCUCAUCUUCUUGCUCUUGCUGGACGUGAUGCACCGGCGCUCACGCUGGGCCCCACGCUACCCACCAGGCCCCACACCGCUGCCGGUGCUGGGCAACCUGCUGCAGGUGGACUUCGAGGACCCGCGUCCCAGCUUCAACCAGCUGCGGCGCCGCUUCGGGAACGUGUUCAGCCUGCAGCAGGUCUGGACGCCGGUAGUCGUGCUCAACGGGCUGGCGGCUGUGCGCGAAGCGCUGGUGUACCGCAACCAGGACACUUCCGACCGUCCACCUCCGGCCGUCUACGAGCACGUGGGUUACGGGCCGCGCGCCGAAGGAGUGAUCCUGGCGCGAUAUGGGAAGGCCUGGCGAGAGCAGCGGCGUUUCUCCCUGUCCACCCUGCGCAACUUCGGCCUGGGGAAGAAGUCACUGGAGCAGUGGGUGACUGAGGAGGCCUCGUGCCUCUGUGCCGCCUUCGCAGACCAGGCCGGACGCCCCUUUAGCCCCAGGGACCUCCUGAAUAAAGCAGUGAGCAACGUGAUCGCCUCCCUGACCUUCGGGUUCCGCUUCGAGUACAACGAUCCUCGUAUCGUCAAGUUGUUGGACAUGAUGGAGGACAUGUUGAAAGAGGAGUCUGGCUUAGUGCGCCAGGUGGUGGAAGCUGUGCCUGUGCUCCUGCGCAUCCCAGGGCUGGCUGCCAAGAUCUUCCCGGGGCUGAAGGCCUUCAUGGCCCUGAUUGAUGAGUUGAUCACCGAGCAGAAGAUGACCCGGGACCCGACCCAGCCACCCCGACACCUGAUCGACGCCUUCCUGGAUGAGGUGAAGGAGGCCAAGGGGAACCCCGAGAGCAGCUUCAAUGAUGAGAACCUGCGCCUGGUGGUGACCGACCUGUUUUCCGCUGGGAUGGUCACCACCUCGACCACACUGGCCUGGGCCCUCCUCCUCAUGAUCCUGCACCCAGACGUGCAGCGACGGGUCCAGCAGGAAAUCGAUGAGGUGAUAGGGAAGGUGAGGCGACCAGAGAUGGGGGAUCAGGCCCUCAUGCCCUUCACCGUGGCCGUGGUCCAUGAGGUGCAACGCUUUGCGGACAUCAUCCCCCUGGGAUUGCCCCACAUGACAUCCCGUGACAUCGAGGUACAGGGCUUCUACGUGCCAAAGGUAGGCCUGCGGCUCUCCCAACCCCACCUCCGCACCACCUGCCACCUGGUAGCUGCAGUGAGUGUUGCCAGGUCGGCCAGGACUGGAAUCCAAGCCACCCUGUCCUCAUGGCCAAGGUACUUAAUGUCCCAGCCUGGGUGGGCGUGGACAGGAGAGCAGAGCAGGGCUGGCUCUGUCCACUCAAGAGCCCCAGGUCAGGAGGGAAGACAAAUUAGAACGUGUCUCAGCGUUGGAGCCCGGGCACUGAGGGGAAGUAAGGGCACCCUGCCAUGGGCACAAAGACAGUGCUGAGAAGCGUCUUGGGCUGAGGGUUACUUGAAGAGCUUGGGUGUGUGCCACGCGAUGUGUGUGCCAUGUGUGUUUGGUGGCAGGGUCUGGGCACCCCCUCACCAAUCGAGACCCACCCAUGCCAGACAUUUGCCACCAGGGGACGACACUCAUCACCAACCUGUCGUCAGUGCUGAAGGAUGAGACCAUCUGGGAGAAGCCCUUCUGCUUCCACCCGGAGCACUUCCUGGAUGCCCAGGGCCGCUUUGUCAAGCAGGAGGCCUUCAUACCCUUCUC